UCAUCCUUCCACCUCUCGUCGCCGUCUAUGGUCUUCGUGUUCCCACCGCCAACGACACCAGCGCGCCUAGGUUGCUAGCUCAUGGCCUUGCCAGCCACCACAAAGGCAGCAUCGGCAAUGGCGUCCAUCCACCAGCAAUGCGGGGCCGCGACGGGCCCGCGCGCGCGGCGGCGAGUCCAGUGCCGCGGCGCGGCCAACAGCGUGGCUGCCGUCGCCGCGGCGCGCGCACCGGUGGAGGCAGCGCCGCCACGGCACGCGGCGCGGAGGAGCACGUCCACGGCGACCGUGGCGGGCAUGUGGCGGCAGCUGCAGGGGUGCGACGACUGGCAGGGGCUGCUCGAGCCGGCGGCGGUGCACCCGCUGCUGCGCGCCGAGGUGGCGCGCUACGGCGAGCUGGUGGACGCGUGCUACAAGGCCUUCGACCUGGACCCGGCGUCGCGCCGGCACCUCAACUGCAAGUACGGCCGCGAGCGGAUGCUGGAGGAGGUGGGCAUGGCCGGCGCCGGCUACGAGAUCACGCGCUACAUCUACGCGGCGGCGGACGUGACGGUGCCCACCAUGGAGCCGUCCACCAGCGGGCGCGGCCGCUGGAUCGGCUACGUGGCCGUGUCCACGGACGAGAUGACGGGGCGGCUGGGCAGGCGCGACGUCCUGGUCUCGUUCCGCGGCACGGUGACGCCCGCCGAGUGGAUGGCCAAUCUGAUGAGCUCGCUGGAGCCGGCGCGCCUGGACCCCUGCGACCCGCGCCCGGACGUCAAGGUGGAGUCGGGAUUCCUCAGCCUCUACACCUCCGUCGACAAGACGUGCCGCUUCGGCGGCGCGGGGAGCUGCCGGGAGCAGCUCCUGCGCGAGGUGUCGCGCCUCGUCGGCUCGUGCGCCAAGGCACGGCCCGGCGAGGACGUCAGCGUCACCCUGGCGGGGCACAGCAUGGGGAGCGCGCUGGCGCUGCUCUUCGCGUACGACCUCGUGGAGCUGGGCCUCAACCGCGGCGCGCCCGUCACCGUCUUCUCCUUCGGCGGGCCCCGCGUCGGGAACGCCGCCUUCAAGGCCCGGUGCGACGAGCUGGGCGUCAAGGCGCUGCGCGUGGCCAACGUCCACGACCCCAUCACCAAGCUCCCGGGCAUCUUCCUCAACGAGGCCACCGCGCGGGUGCAGGCGCUCCGCCCGUGGCGCGACUCCUGCUACACCCACGUCGGCGUGGAGCUGCCCCUGGACUUCUUCAGGAUGGGCGACCUGGCCAGCGUCCACGACCUGGGCACGUACGUCGCAUUGCUCAAGAGCGGCGGCGGCGGCGACAAGCCAGCCGCGGCCACUCGACGCAGCGACGGCGGCGUGCUGGCGAAGGUGGUGGAGUUCGUGGGGCGGCGACGCGCGGGCGCCUUGCCAUGGCAGGACGCGGCCCUGCAGAUGGGCGGCCUGGUGCAGACCCUGGGGCUCAUCUGAGUCUGUCUGACCUCAGCAACCGUCGGCCGUGAUUAACUGCUCAGUAGUGAUCCUCUUGGAUAAUUUUAUUUUUUAGAGGAUCGCUUCACUUGUUUUUUUUUUGUACAGAUCGAUUGAUCGGUCCAUCGAUCAACGUAGCCCGAUCCUUCUCAGGGUUGAGAUCGAAAGGGGAUUUCUUUGUUUAAAUUCGUUUUUUUCUCGUUGGCUCAUAUACAGCGAACAUACAGCCAACGACCAUGUAACGGAGGCAAAGCUUGCUCGAAAAAGGGCAGACAAACACGCAAAGCCAUAUCAUCUGUUCGAUU